AUGGCAACCAUUCCAAUUAUCGUCAAGCACCAGGGCAAAAAGUAUGAUGUUGACCUUGACCCUACCGCCACAGGCGAAAUCCUCAAAUAUCAGCUCUUCUCCUUGACGGGUGUUGAACCCGACCGCCAGUCACUCUUGAUCAAAGGCGGAAAGCUCAAGGAUGAUACAGAUCUCUCCAAACUCAAUGCCAAACCCGGUCAACUGUUCACCAUGCUUGGAUCCGCCUCAUCUGAAGGCAGUGUUCUGCUCGCCCCGAAAGAAAAGCCGAAAUUCGUCGAGGACAUGACUGAGGCUGAAGCCGCUGCUCAAGAAGGUGCAACACCUGCUGGGCUUGAGAACUUGGGCAAUACUUGCUAUUUGAAUUCCACUCUCCAGGUAUUACGGAGCAUCCCUGAAAUGCAAGAUUCCUUAAAGGUAUACAAGCCCGGUCCCUCAGCAGGGAGUAGUCUCCAGGACCUCAGUCGGUUCGGUCUUGAUGGCUUAAGUGGUGCCAACGAUUUGACUGCUCAACUGCGUGACCUCUACAAGAGGAUGUCUGAAACCCAGGAAGGUUUCCCACCCGUCAUGUUCUUGAACGCCCUCCGAAGUGCAUACCCUCAAUUCGCCCAAAAAGCCAAGAACGGUCACGGUUAUGCACAACAGGAUGCCGAAGAGGCCUGGUCACAGAUCCUUCACUUGCUCCGACAGAAUCUCAAGAUCUCGGAGAAGACAACCGACGCCGAGAAGAAUAUUGCAUUCAUUGAUCGAUAUAUGGCAGGUUCUCUUCAUUCCACACUUGCACCACCCACCGAAGCCUCAGAAAACGAACCAGCCGUUGAAACAGAUGAUUCAUUUCUCAAACUUGACUGUCACAUCAACAUUACCACCAAUCACCUUCGCGACGGUAUAUUGGCUGGUUUGACUGAGGAAAUCGAGAAGCACUCUCCUACACUAGGUCGCGACGCCAUUUAUACAAAGACAUCCAAAAUCACCCGGCUCCCUCAGUAUCUCACUGUCCAUUUCGUGCGCUUCAAUUGGAAAAAGGACAUCAACAAGAAAGCCAAGAUCAUGCGCAAGGUCACUUUUCCCGACGAGCUGGAUGUUGUGGAAUUCUGCACAGAUGAGUUGAAAAGCCGACUGAUUCCUGUCCGUGAUAAGAUUCGAGACAUUCGAAAAGACGAGCAAGACAUCGAACGCGCAAGGAAGCGACAGAAAUUGGCCCACAAACAGGAACAAGACCGAAAGCAUGACGAAGCAAACAAGGUAGAAGCAGCACCAAUUGCGAAGUUGAGGGAGCAGUCGGAGAAGAAAGAGUCCAAAGACAAAGUCCCCGAAGGUGGUGACUUGGAUGUCUACAAGACCGAUGCUGAGUAUGAAGCAGAACGUGCACAGUCUAUCAAGCAAGCUAAACAGGAACUUUUUUCCGUGAUUGAUCCGAAACUUGCUACAGAUGAGGGGGCCAACAAGUCGGGUCUAUAUGAGCUGACAGGAGUCAUCACCCAUCAAGGAGCAAGUGCAGACAGCGGACACUACACCAGUUUUGUCAAGAAACCGGCCAAGAUUGUUGAUGACCCAAAAGCACCUGGUGGCAAGCGGAAAGAGGAGGAUGGCAAAUGGUGGUGGUUCAAUGAUGAGAAAGUCAGCGAGGUGGAACCGGAAAGAAUCAUGACUCUAUCUGGUGGUGGUGAAAGUGCUUCCGCCUUGAUUCUCCUCUAUAGAGCCAUUGAUCUCCCAACCAAGGAUGAAGUUGAUGAGGCAAAGUAA